AUGUCUAUGGGCUAUUGUUCGUAUCCCUAUUUUAUUAAAGUAUUGGUUCCUAUAGCAAUUGAAAAAAAGUGCAUUGAAGGCAAUGAAAAAAUAAAUGAAGAAGAUUUUUUUUACGAAGAUAAAAUCCCUUUGGGUUAUUUGCUAUCACGUGACUUCAGAUCUUUAAUGGGACUUUUAUUGUUCUUAUUCUCUCCCUAUUCUUGUUUAUCAACCUUCAAAUUUGAACCUAAAUUACGGAGAACUGAAAUUAAUAACAUUGAGUUGGAGGGGAUAAAACGCUUCUUAUUGGCUUGCAUAUGUCAACAACAAUCAAUGCUGGAUGAAGAUAUUGAAAGUGAUUAUAGUCAAUACUUUAUACGACUAAGCCAACUUAGCCGAUAA